AUGAAACUCGGCCCUGCUUCUUUAUUCGCUGCCGCUUUGGCUUUCGGUAUAGGGGCCACUCAGGUUUAUGCAAGCCCGCUUGCCGACCCGCUUCCUCAUCCAGUUGGGCCAAUAACAUACACCGGCCCUGUUGAGCUAAACGGAAAGAACUUGAACUUGACCGUUGAAGGCACUGUUCAAGAGAUCUACUCGAAAGUCAAAGAUCGCACCGGGGUGAUCUUAAAACCGGUGGAUCUCCAUAAGGAUGACUCUAAACAUAAACUCCGGGCCCGUGCUAGGGCCUCGAUUAACUGCCACCCACAAGGCGGAGGUGCUAAAGUCAAAUCAAUCCGUGAGGGCGCCAGCUACCUUAAUGGCCUCCAUGGAAAGUUUAGACCCUUGCCACGGACAUGCAGCCGAGUGAGCUGCUCCUGGGACUCGGGUAUCUUCCUUUGCAACGAUAACGACCAUAAAGUCUCCGUUCCCUGCAAGUUAGUCGCAGAAUACACUCGGGAUAUUCUUGAUAUCUGUGCUAGUCCCGACGUAGUUUCGCUAAGAGGACAGGAGUUUGAUAGCGAUGGCUGGAAUGUUGUUGUUAGGGAGAGCAACUGCUAG